CACAGGUGUUGGGGAUUGCAGAGCUGCAGGUGCUGAAAACGACCAGAGCAGAGGAAAGCGCCCCGUUUGACUGGAAUGAAAUUCAUUUAAAAGCGUCUUUAAUGUAUAUUUUUACAAAAAUGAAUUUAAUCAGCUGUAAGCUGGUCUUUGCGCUUUUCUUCCUCUCCACGUGCCACAGGGUUCAGGGUUCCUGCAGUGUCCAGCAUUGCACUGACGCCUCCAGAUGUGUCCUUUCUGAAGACCAGAAAAGCUGCAAGUGCGCCAUAGGAUUUUAUUCGGAUCAGUGUGACAAAAAUGCACACUUUAAAGUAAUGUGUGGCCGUGACUACAUGGCGAUCAGAGCAUCAGAAGACUUUUUCAACUAUUACAAAGUGCCUCUAGAGUCUCUCCAUUUGCCCAACAAAUCUUGCCGUGCUGAAAAAGAGGUCAUUGAUGACGCCACCUUCUACAUGUUCAGGAUUUCCAAAGAAAAAUAUCUGGCUUGUGGAGGCCAGCCUCUUCAGAAAAAUUCCACUCAUUUGUUGUAUUCUCUGAGCGUUCAAUCGGAGCUUCCGGCCACUGGGAAAAUCAUCAGAGAUCCGAUCUUAAAGAUGGACUUUACAUGCAUUUAUCCAUACAUCAGAAGAGUCACUCUGCCUUUUCCAGUUUUCCCAAUUUCCAGUGAGAUGGUGAUGCAUGUGGAUGAAAUGGAUGCUACCAUACAGAUGAUGUUGUACUCUGACCACACCUACACUGAGGCCUACACUGUCAGCCCAACCAUUGAGCUCAGGGAGAAGGUGUUUGUCGAGGUGUCUGUGACCGAGCCAGAAGAUUACUUCGUUCUUCGGCUUAACGAAUGCUGGGCCACACAGUCUCCCCAGCCCAACUCCACGGAGGGACUGGUUCACAGUCUGAUUCACAACGGGUGUGCGGAUGAUGAGACGGUGUCGUUCAUCGACGUAGACGAUCAGAAGUCUGGAAGAAACGGGGAGAGCCAUACGAUUCGCUACAGCUUUGACAUGUUCCGCUUCAUAACGGAACCAUAUGAGCUUUAUCUGCAUUGCACUGUGCAGCUGUGUGAGCUAGAAGACCAGACUUCCUGCAUCUCUGGCUGUAAUUCCAUCACUAAAAGGGAAGCGGUGAGGGCAAAUCCCAGUGAGGGCCUCCUGUCAUAUGGACCCAUCAAGAUAGAAAUGCCCGACAGACCUCAGUCCAGCUUGCUGACGUCUGUGGUUCUGCCCGUGGCUGCAGUCUGGGCCUUGGGAUUCUUCCUCACCAUCCUCGUCACUGUGGCCAAAGCGGGCAGCAGGAGGGUUGCGAAGAUAGAGGAGCACUGAUGAUUAUGAUGCUGCCAUCGUACAGCUUUAAUAAAACGGAGAAAACCUUUA